AUGAAUUAUCAAAUUGUAAAAUAUUUAACUUCCUCUUCGGAUGGUUUCAUCAGUAGUAGUAGUAGCGGAGGCACCUCUGGAAUUCAUUCUUCAAAUUCUUCUUCACUCGAUGAGGAUUCUGGUCUAGAUUUCAACAUGUCUUCACAACAAUUAGUAGCCAUGAUUGUUACGAAAGAACGAAUUACAAAAGUUUUGAAAAAAGUAUUGUGUCAUUCUGAAAAGGAAUUGAAUUUGAGAAUUUCGGAAGGAUGGAAAUUGAGACAUUUGAAGUGUCCGUAUUUGUUGGAAAUUGAGGAUGUGUUUUUUGAAAAGUUUAACAUGUCGUCGGUGUUGUUGUUGAAUCAACAAGGUUCUACUCGUGUGACUUUUGACAGCAAUCAUAGUGUCAAUUCUGUCACAGGUCUCCAGUCAGAAUCUUCGUCAUCCUCUCAGCAAAUACAACAACAACAGAAUCAUACGUCCGAUGAGUCCUCUUCUUCUUCAUUGAAUGAUUCUCUCACGUCACAUUCUCAAAAAUAUUGGAUUUGUUUUUUAAUGGAAUACUUUAAGAAUGGAGAUUUAAAUCAAUAUAUCAAACGAAAAUUUAAACAAAAAGAACAAUCGAAUUCAUUGAAUGCAUCUUCUCCAACAAGUCAACAUUUAGGUUCUGUAUUUGAAGUCAUUAGUCGAGACCAACUUUUACAUUUCAUGUUGCAAAUUGCAGAAGGAGUUCAGUAUUUACAUCACGAAGGAUUUGUGCAUUUGGAUUUGAAACCGCAAAACAUUUUUGUUACCAAUGACGAACAAUCGAUCAAAAUUGGAGAUUUUGAAACAUUGCGAAAACUUGAUUUCAAAGUACAAGAUGAAGCAAAAGAAAUUCAAAAGAUGAAAGAAUCUGGAACGAGUAUCCAUGAUCCCUAUGCUUUUGUUGAAUCUCUGUCUUUCCAUCACGCAUCAUCCUAUAAUUCAGAUCAAAAACUUUAUGGAACUGUGAAAUAUUGUUCUCCUGAAAUGAUGUCACAAGAACCAUUUGGUUACUCGACAGACAUGUGGUCUCUCGGAUGUGUAUUCUUUGAAAUGAUUUUUCAAGUAUUGAAUCGACAAUUUUACAUUGAGGUCUUUCAGAAUAAUCAUUUUUUUGCUCAAUUGACUCAACAAAUUACAGAGUGUGUUCCAAACGGCGAGGAGUUGGCAAAACUCAUUUGUCGAUUACUGGAUCCAGUUCCUUCCAAUCGGCCAACUGCUUCUCAAACUGUUGAAAUUUUAAAGACAAUUAUUGGAUCGAAAGCAACACUUCCAAAUUCCAGAGCUCGUCACAGUAUGGCCAACGCGAGAAGAAACACUGCUAUUCCAUCCAAAACAAUAACUCAAAACUUUUACCAGAAAUUUUUAUUACGUUCUCAAUCGAACAAGACAAGCUUGAAACCUUCGUAUUGGGAAGAAUUUUCAAUUAUUCCAAAAAUUGCAUACGAAUCUCUCACGUCCAACGAUGUCAAACAAAUCAAACAAUUUUUAGAGAGGAAACAAACCGUGACACCUCCAGAGCUUUCUUUAUUUGAUCAAUUCUCGAAUUUUUAUGUCAUGAAACAAGAUAAGAAGCAAUUGCUGUUUGGAAUUUCUCUCAACAAGCUCAUUGAGAUGAUUACCGUCACUGAACAUCGACUCUAUGAUGCAAUCAAAGAUGUUCGUUUUAGAGAAUAUUCAGAUGUCGCUAAUGAUUAUUUUGAAGUUUUUGGUGAAGAUUGUAUUCGACCUGAAGCAAAUAUUGAAAACAAGGAGUUAUUCAGAAAGACAUUCUUUGUCGGCUAUUUACAUUUACUCUCUCCAGAUGGUCUUUUAUUGAAAAUAUUUGAAAGAUUAAGCUUGCCAUUAAUGCUCCUUCUGAAAAGUUACAAUUUAGACAAGGUGACCACUGCAACUGGCGGUACGAGUAUUUUGGAAGAAUCCAUCGGUGAACACAUUGAAAGAAUUACAAGAACCAUGUCUCAAUUAUUGAAUCAUAUUGAAUGUUUGGAAAUUAUAAUUUGCUGUUUUGACAUGCUUCGAUUUUGGAUUUCCAAUUAUCAAUAUCAAUGGAAUUCAAACAUGUUAGAAUUUCUGAGCAAGAUUGUGGAACAAGUCUCUGUGAUUGGAAAAUUGAAGAAAACCGAUCAUUCCAAAUUGCCAGAACCAACCGUCUUCCUCAGCAAGAUUAACAACAUUUUAGAAUUGAGUCAUGUCUUGCUCGAUCAUGUCCACAAGAAGCAAAAACUAGCCAAUUACAAAAAAUCUCUCAAAAAGAAAGUUGGAAUUAAGGAAUAUAUGGAAUUUGCAUCGCUCGAAGUGGAAGCCAGUCAAAACAACAAGGUGAGCUCGUUUGUUAAAAACAAAUUAUCGAAUUUUGUGACAUCUACGGACUCUAGCGGUGGCUAUCGAAAGAAAUCUCACUUUGAUAUGGACGAUGAUGAAUUUAGCUCUCCACACGACAAGGAAGAUGAAGAAACUUCAAGUGGAUCAACAGGAGAAUUCUUUUACUUUUACAAAACCAUUUAUACAGAUUCUUCCAAAUGUCCAAGACCUGUCAUUCCACAAAAUGUAUUUUCAGCAUCUCUCAGAUGGGUCGACGUGUCACCUCUCGAACUUGCAAGACAAAUCACAAUUGUGGAUCACUUUUUCUUUAAUGAAAUUUCAAGUGUGGAAUUUUUAGAUUAUACUUCAUUCACACUCAAUAAUUGCAAGAAAACUCAAGGACAUUUAGAUUUCAAUUUACUCAAUACUGGUUUUAGAACUCAAUUUUUCAAAAUGAGUUGUCCGAAAUUGUGUAAAUUUUUAGAACUUGUUCAUGAUCGUGUGAAUUGGCUCAUUUUAGAUAUUUUGGACAAACCCCAUAUCAAAGAUCGAGUUGAAAUGAUGAACAAGGUGAAACACAUCAUUGUUGAAUUAUAUACACUUCAAAACUAUGCCAGUGCUCAUGCCAUGGCCACCAUGUUCACACAUCCUGCCAUUAAGAAUCAUUUACAAUUUACACUCUUGGAUGCUAAAAAGAAAGAAAAAGGAAAUUUCAAUCACAUGUUUAAACAUGUCAUGAGAGUGUUGGGAAAUCCAAAACAUCAUCAUGCAAUUUUGUGGGCACAACAACAACAACAACAACAGAAACAACGAGAUGAAUUAGUCACUUAUCAUUCGAAUGAGAAUUCUAGAGAAAGUUCGAUAUCGAGACCCAAUUCCACAAAUUCCACAAAUUCACAUGAUUCAAAGAUUAUUCCCAUCAAGAUUGGACAAACUCGAUUCAGUACUUGUUCGACAUUUAGCACCUUACAUGUGCUGUCACAUGCCAAUCAUCACAACGCUUCUCAGAAUAUUUCAUUAUUGUCAACAACCUCGAACAGUCCUUCCAAACGUCCUCAAAUUCGAAAAAGCAAUGCUGCAGACAGUGACCAUAUGAAUGAUCAUUCCGACGAUGAAGACGGCGAUGAGAAUAAUAAUCAAUUAGAUUCUGAAUAUUCUGUAUUUAUUGAAAAUCAAUACGAACGAAAUUCCAUUUCAACUCAAAAUGAUGACAAGUUGUCAAAUUCGAAUGCUGCAUUUUCACACAUGCCAACUCCACCUCUUCUCCAUUUCAAGUCCAAAUACGAUUCCUUUUAUGGAUUUGACAUUCGAACAAAAUUUCACUAUGCUGACGUUUUAUUUGUCGAAGACGAAAGAUAUCAAAAUUAUAAUGACAUUUUUGAUGGAUGUCGAUUACCAGCCAUUCCAGUGGUUGAAGCUCAUUUGCGAGAAAUUAUGUAUAUUCAAAAUCAUUAUUCUGAUUGUUUACAUCAAGAGGAAUUGAAUUAUUGUUACUCGACAGAAAUUACUGAAAAUGUCAAACAUCAAAAUAAUAUGGUUCGUUGGGGAAAAUUCGAACAAGUCGCAGUUGCUUUGAAUCGAUUGGAAAAAUGUCGAGUAGAUUAUGCAUUGCAACCAGUUUUCCAAAUUCAAAUGUUAAUUCAAAAGCAACAACGAGAUACUGCCUUACUUUAUGGAUCCACGAGUAUGAUGAGUGUUGAACAUUAUAUCAAGCUUGCGAGAACAAGAGAACCAGUUGGAAGUUCACGAAAAGAUAUUUUGUAA